AUGUUACUAUUACUAUCAUUAUCAUUAUUAUUAGUACUCACCGAAAACACUGGAACUUCUUCAAAUCUCUUCAAACAAUGUGAGAAAAUCAAUAGAGUUGAACGUUUAGAUUGUUAUCCUGAUCAACAUGCAACCCAUAGUAAAUGUGAAUCUAGAGGUUGUUGUUGGGCCGCCAAAACGAUAUUAGACGAUGAUGACGAUGGAUUACCAAUGUGUUUUUUCCCAAAAUCCUAUCCAACUUAUCAAGUUUAUUCAAGUCAAAAAACUCAACGUGGUUUUAUUGCUCAAUUGUAUAAAUCAAAUCCAAUAUAUUAUGAAAAUGAAAUAAAAAAUAUUUCAUUUGAAUUAAGACAAGAAACAUCAAGUAGACUACGGUUACGAUUUACUAUACCAUCACAAUUAAAUCGAUGGGAGCCAUCUAUACCAUUAGGACAAUUAGAAGAGAUCCCAAUAAAAAAUGUUCAAUAUAAUGUUUCAAUGGAAAAUUCCCCUUUUGGAUUGAAAGGAGGUGAUAUGUUUAGAUUAGAUAAACUUUAUGGUGAUUUUUAUGACCAGUUCAACAAAAGAGUGGUUAAAAUGCAGGAAUUAUUUUUAAUUUUAAUUCAAGGUUUCUGA